GUUCUGUGAGGGUGACUCUGUUUCUCCAAACUCUUUCUCCCUUUCUGUGCAGUCUUCCUCUCUCUCCCGCUAAGAAUGAGCGCCAAGCUGUGGACGGAGGAGCAGUUCAACUGCCCUGUGUGUCUAGAUCUACCAAAUGAUCCAGCCACCAUCCCCUGUGGCCACAGCUACUGUAUGGAAUGCAUCAAGGACUACUGGAGAAAGGACGACGCCAUCGGGAUAUACAGCUGCCCUCAGUGUCGGCAGACAUUCUGCCCCAAGCCCCCUCUGUCCAGGAACACCAUGCUGGCAGAGGCUGUGGAGCAGAUUAGACGCGGCCACCUGAAAUCCAGGUUCUCCAUCGCUAGCCAGCAUCAGCCUUCUCCUGCGUCAGGAUCCGCAGUUCCGACGGGACCUCCCGCCAGGUCUCCCCCGACGACAACGGUCCUCUGCGACGUUUGCCAGGGAGACCCCCAGCCUGCAACCAAGACCUGCCUGGUGUGCCUGGCCUCCUACUGCGAGACCCACCUGAAGCCCCACCGGCAGGCGCCCGCACUCCAGCGCCAUGAGCUCAUCGCUCCCACCGGGCAGCUCACUCAGAAGAUCUGCCCAGAGCACAAGUAUCUGCAGGAGUUCCACUGCAAACGCUGUAAGGUCUACAUCUGCUGGCUCUGCACCAGCAACCAGCACAAGGAUCACGACACCACCUCCACAAAGGCUGAACGGGCUGAGCGGGAGACUGAGCUGGCUGCAGUACAGUCUGAGAACCAGCAGAAACUCCAAGAAAGAGAGAGGGAGCUGAAGGAGAUGAAGAAUGCUGUGGAGUCCCUCAAGCGCUCAGUGGACAAAGUGCAGGAGGACACCCAAGUCAUCCUGUACGAGCUGCAGCGCUCUGUGGGGAGGCUUCAGACGCUGGUAGGGGAGGUGAUGGAUUCCAGAGGGCAGGAGAAGCUAACUGAAGCCCGGGAAGUGGUGGAAAAGCUGGAGGCUGAAGUUGCUGAAUUGAAAAAGCGAGAUUCUGACAUCAAAGAACUAAUUUUCUGUGAGGACAACAUCCAUUUCCUGCAGAACUUCCAGGCUCUCCGUGCCCCUCUGGAGGCCGGGGAACUGCCAAGCGUGACAGCCUACCCAGAGGCCUCCUUUGAACCUGUAAGCACAGCCAUGCUGGAACUCCAGGAGAAAGUGGAGGAUAUGUGCAACCAGGAGUUGAGCCGCAUCACUAGAACAGUAAAUGACUUGGUGGUGUUCACACUGGGGGACAGCAACGCAAAUAAGAAUCCUGGUCAAAGGUUCAAGUUUGAGUUCUUAAAAUUAUUCAGCGGGCUGGGUUCCAAGUCCACAGAUAAACGCAACCAGGAAUCUACAAGUAGUUCCGUGACGGUGCGAAGCGUGGAAAGGCGUGGGCCAGGUGAGUCUGCCGGUGCCGGGCCGAGAUUCCCCGUCGUCAUCCGAAGACACUUUUCCGAAUCAAACGGCAUGCGUGCUCCUGAUGUCAGAAGCCGGGACGAACCCCGAGUUAGCAGAGGUUCGCCAAGGUCAGGAGACACAGAACGAAGAGAAACAGACAGGAGAAACGUGGCUCCCGGCAAACAGAGAGAUGCCUCAAGGAGAGCCGAUGCCUCCUUCGCCCUCCCUGCCGUGGAUCCUGGGACAGGAGGAGGUUUACCAGUGGCUUCAGGUCUUCUAACCCAUCGACCAGUUGAGGCUGUCGGUGUGACAGGUGUCGGCUCACGGGGUGCAAAUGAGGCCACAUCCAACAUUGACGCGACAGAUCGAGGUUCCGGUUCUUCUAGAACUGGUGACAUAAGCAGAAUAGUCAAUCCAAGUCUGUUCCUUGACAGUCCAAGCAGCGAUGGUUUGAUGACACCUCAGAUGUCCAGAUUAAGGGAAAUCCCACUUGAGAGUUUACAGAGUCCAGAGCCUAAGACCAGAGCUGAAUUCUUACAAUAUGCUUGCAGGCUGAUCCUUGACCCUGACACCGCCCACCGCCGCCUUUGUCUGUCAGAAGGCAACACCAAAGCCACUCUACAGGGGUCAUCGCUGCCAGUCCAGGACCUGCCAGUGCGCUUUGAUGGCUGGACGCAGGUGAUGUGCAAGGAUGCGCUAGUGGGCGACCGCUGCUACUGGGAGGUGGAAUGGCGAGGACGGGGCUCUUCUGUGGGUGUAGCCUAUGCUGCGCUGGCAAGAAAGGGAGCGGAUGCCCGGGCGGGGCUGGGCUACAAUGCACUGUCCUGGAGCCUUGAGGUGUCAGACACGUGCUGCUCUGCCAUGCACAACAAUGAAAAGCAGGACAUCACUGUAAGCUACUCCCCACGUGUGGGCAUCUACUUGGAUCGCAAGGCAGGCAAACUGGCCUUCCACAGCGUUGCUGAUAACAUGCUGCUCCUGCAUGUAUUCUACGCCACCUUCGUGGAUGCCCUUUAUCCAGUGUUCGGAGUGGGCUGCGGCGUAGGCGUCGGCCUGGAUUUUGCUCUCGGACAAUUCAGCACUCUCUCCGACAGUGUGAAAAUCUGUCCUCUUUGAUAAGGCGGCUCCUGAUCAUUUCAUUCCUAAUUUUAGAGGGAGGCUGAGGAUUUUACAUUAUUUUCAAGUAUGUGACUUUAUCAGAAAACUUGUGUGUCCUGAAAUCAAAGAUUAGGAGGAUUGUACUAUCCUUAUGAAUUGUGGUACUUUUUUGGGGUGAGGUGGUACAUUAUUUUAAUUGUUUUAUAUAAAAAGAAACAAUGUUUUUCUCUUGC